AGUGAAUUAAGGCCUUAACUUGAAGAUAAACUUAUAAAGAAAAAAUAAUCACAGAUAUACUUUCUUUUAAAAUCUAGCUCUUCGUCGUAUUAAUAGCUAGUAAUUCUUUUAGAAUUAUCGAGGACUGGGCCCUGCUAGAUUUUUUUUAAAAUUGACCCACUCUCCUUUCAAUAAACUAUUUGCCAGCACCGCACCUUCCACAUUCCUUACAAACAAGUCAACCAGAGAUAGGCAUAAAGUCUCAGAAAGAAUCUGUCUGUUGUCUUCAAUUUAUAAUUUCAGAAAAUGGCAUCUGAAUUAACAGAAGAACAAAUUGAAGAUUGACCCACUCUCCUUUCAAUAAACUAUAUGCCAGCACCGCACCUUCCACAUUCCUUACAAACAAGUCAACCAGAGAUAGGCAUAAAGUCUCAGAAAGAAUCUGUCUAUUGUCUUCAAUUUAUAAUUUCAGAAAAUGGCAUCUGAAUUAACAGAAGAACAAAUUGAAGGUUUCAGGAAGAAGUUCAGCAAGAUUGACACAAACGGUGAUGGCAGCAUAUCUGUUAAGGAGUUGCAUGAUGUGAUGGGAGAUUUCUACACGAAAAAUGAGAUUAAAACGAUGAUUGCUGAAGUCGAUAUUAACAAUGACGGACGUGUUCAAUUUGAAGAGUACCUAUUGUUGGCGAGGGGGGAGAAGAAGACGAAAUCAUACACCAAAAAUCAAAUUAAAGAUUAUUUCAAAUCUCUUGACAAGGAUGGCAAGGGAAAAAUAUGUCGCACCGAACUCCUGAAAGGGCUCCUAGUUAUUAAUCCGAAAGUAGAGGAUGGGCUAGUCGAUAAACUGAUUGAAGAAUCUGACAAGGAUGGCGACGGCCUUAUUAACUACGAAGAAUUCUGUGAGGCGUUACUGCUUAAAAUGCCCCUGCCUAAGUGAAGAUGGUGUUUUCUAUUUCUUACUUCCACAUCUAAAACUAACUGAAAGAGAGACUAAAGGAACGAUAAAACCAAUGGUGACUUAAGAGGCGAAUACUGAUAUCGUCUUAAAUAUCGUUAACGGUGUUUACAAGAGAUAUUUACCACCUAGCCUUAUUUCAACCCCCCACCCCUCCCCCACACCACACACACUGCAAGGAGGUGCUCAUGGCAAAUGCGAAAUGAUUGAUAAAGUACGCACCCAUUUAUACUGUACACACUAUACACACACGUGUCGCAAUUUGCGCUUUAAAUCAUUAAUUCCAAGUGAUUUAAAAAUUGAAAAAUUAGAUUUUAAAAAAGGAAAAGGUACCGUUAUUGUAGCGAAAUAAUUUCGUAUAUACAUGGAAUACGUACGAUAACAAAUAUAACAACAUAAUUAUAACGUAAUAAAGUUCUGUUUAAACUGCA